UCACUGGGCCUAAAUGCAAACCCAUGAAAUUAACUAGGGGUAUAUAUGGAAAUCUGAAAAACAAAUUAGGUUUGGAGCCUGGAGCUUACAAGGAAUCCAGUUAGCAGAGCAGCCACCAUUUUUUAGCUUUCUCUUGACAACAACAGGAAGAAAAUGCCGAAGCAAAUCCAUGAAAUCAAGGAUUUCCUUCUUACAGCAAGAAGGAAGGAUGCUCAUUCUGUUAAGAUCAAGAGAAGCAAAGAUGUGGUGAAGUUCAAGGUUCGCUGCUCCAAAUAUCUGUGCACUCUCUGUGUUCUUGACUCUGAUAAAGCUGAUAAGUUGAAGCAAUCUCUUCCACCAGGUUUGAGUGUGCAGGACCUGUGAAGAAACAAACAACAAACUUCAAAGUCGAGGGAUCGUAUAUUUUUGUCUUUUUUUUUCUUGCCUUGAUUUUUCAACUUUGUUAAACACAACUAUAUAAGGUAUAUUUGAUGUAUUCACAACCGUUGUCAUCCAGUUUUUUUCUAGGCAAGUUACUUUCAAGAUGUAAUAAUAGUUGAAAUACUAUAGAUAGUAGAAUAUUACUCCUGGAUUGCAAUUCACAGGAAAAACAUAAUGAAAUCAUGGAAAGAUUUCAUGAAGACAAAAUAUGUAUGAUGUCAUAUUACAUUCAUGAUUCUUAUACUUUACUUCUGUUGAAGUGGAAA